AUGGAUGUGCUAACUAGUGCUGCUGACUUCAAGAAGAGUAAAGUGCCGCAGCUGCAAGAGCUUGAUGAUCUUCUUCGCUGCCACAUUUGCAAGGAUUUCCUCAAGAACCCAGUGUUAACUCCAUGUGGGCAUACCUUCUGCUCACUCUGCAUUCGGGGUUACCUCAGUAAUGAACCAAAGUGCCCGUUAUGCCUGCAUGAGUUACGAGAAUCAAUGCUAAGGAGCGAAUAUUUGGUGAAUGAAAUAACAGAGACCUACAAGGCAGCCAGACAGCGACUGUUAGAUGAACUAAACAGUUUAGAGACCAAUCAGGAUAAUUCUGUUAUAGAGGUUGUCUCUGAUAAAGAACCGUCUUUGUUACAAAUAGAUGACGACGUUAAUGAAAAUAGUAAUCAUAUAACUGUUAAUGAUACUAGUGAUAUCAUAGAUGAGGAUAAUGAGAUACAAAUUACUGGUACAAAGAGAACUGCCAGAACUAUUUUGAAUGGGAGUAGACCGACCAAAGCUGCAAAAAUCAGCGACAUGUUCACAACUAGAAAAGCUAAAACAGAAGAGAAGGCACCAUGCCCAAUAUGCUCACAGCUGUUCCCCAUACGUUAUUUAGAGAGAACACAUUUAGAUGAGUGUUUGACCAAACCACCAACAAGUUCACCACCAAUUAAACAAUCAAGAUUGUCGCCAAAACCCAGUGAGUCUGUUUCGCAUGUAAAAAGAUACUUAAACUCUACAAAUACAUCUACUCAACAAAGGCUGCCGAAGCUUAAUUUUGCCAAAAUGACGACGAGUCAGCUAAAACAGAAAUUAGCAUCAUUGUCUUUACCAGUUAGUGGAACUAGAGCCAACAUGGUAGCUAGAUAUAACUAUUACGAAAUGCUAUGGAAUAGCAAUUUCAUAGACUCCAUCAAUCCAGUUUCUGAAUCCGAAUUACGAAGGCAACUUAUGAGCUGGGACGCCAGUCACAAUGGUAACAAUAACAGUAGCAACGGGGGAACAAAUACUAUAUCACAAUUAAUGAAAAUGAACAGUAAAAAUAAAGGAAAGGAAUACGAAAAACUCUUGAAAGAUUUCAAGAAAGACUCAUUUGAUAAGAAAGGAUGGAUGCUGCUACACAAAAACUCCUUUAACAGAUUGCUAUGUGAUGCAAAAAAGACAAGGAGAAAGACUGAGAACGAAACCUUAAUGACAUCACAAUCUCCCAGAGAAAGCUCAACUCAAACAGAGCUAUCUGCAACAUAA